AUGGGAGUGAAUGACUUGUGGCAAAUUCUGGAGCCUGUUAAGCAACACAUCCACUUGCAUGAUCUCAGCGGGAAAACCAUUGCAGUUGAUCUCAGUCUCUGGGUGUGUGAGGCACAGACAGUCAAAAAAAUGAUUGGAACUGUCAUGAAGCCCCACCUCAGGAACUUAUUUUUUCGUAUCUCAUAUUUAAUGCAAAUGGAUGUAAAACUGAUUUUUGUUAUGGAAGGGGAGCCACCAAAGCUGAAAGCUGAUGUCAUAAACAAGAGGAAUCAGAUUCGGUAUGGGCCUUCUGGAAAAACAUGGUCUCAAAAAACAGGGAGAUCACAUUUUAAAUCAGUCUUAAGAGAGUGCCUUGAUAUGCUAGAAUGCUUAGGAAUCCCCUGGGUUCAAGCUGCUGGGGAAGCUGAAGCCAUGUGUGCUUACCUCAAUGCUGGUGGUCACGUAGAUGGCUGCCUCACCAAUGAUGGAGAUGCCUUCCUUUAUGGGGCCCAGACUGUUUACAGGAAUUUCACUAUGAAUACAAAGAGGUUUAAUCAGUGGAGUGAAACAUCUUGUUACUCUAACCCACAACCACAGGCUGCUAAAAAACCAGCUCAUUGCUCUGUGUGUUCCCAUCCAGGUUCACCUAAGGACCAUGAACGUAAUGGAUGCAAAUUAUGUAAAAGUGAUAGAUAUUGUGAACCGCAUGAUUAUGAAUACUGCUGUCCUUGUGAGUGGCACCGUGCGGAACAUGAUAGGCAGCUAAAUGGAGUAGAGAACAAUAUUAAGAGGAAAGCUUGCAAUUGUGAGGGAUUCCCAUUCCAUGAGGUUAUUCAAGAAUUCCUUUUGAACAAGGAUAAGUUGGUGAAGGCAAUCAGGUACCAAAGACCUGAUUUACUAUUGUUUCAGGUAUCUGAAAAUAAAUGCUUGCUUUACAGCAUGAAAAUUACACCUAAAGAAAACAAUUUGCCAGAAUCAGAUGAUAUAAUGAGUUUUCAGUCACGCAUGACUAUAAAACCCACAUGUGAAAUCUUUCCUAAGCCAAAUUCCAAGUUAAACUUGGAAAUUUCUCCUGAUUCUACAUUACCACAGGAAUCUAUUUCUGCCUCAUUGAAUAGCUUGUGUUUACCUGAAGAUGCUUCCUGUUUGAAUACACAAAAACAACAGUUCAUAUCUUCUCCAAGACCUUUGGCUAUACAGCAAAUUAAAGCUGUCAAUAAGUCUUUAACUUCAGAACACAGUCAACCCAGUACCUCAUCUCAUAAUAUGUCUGUGAUUGCUGAUCUACACUUGAGUACCAUUGACUGGGAAAGUACUUCUUUUAGUAAUUCUCCAGCUAUUCAAAGGAACACAUUCUCUCAUGGUUUAAAAUCAGAACUUGAUUCAGAGCUAUCAGUCAUCCCCGAUGACUUUGAAAAUAUCCCAGAACAAUUGUUAUGUGAAUCAGGAACAUGCACCACAAACAGCAAUAAAGUGUUGGAUUGGGAUCUUCAUAAGAUUAGUCCUGAAGAGCAUCUACUUUCUGGCAUUAGAGAUUUAUAUCUUCAGGAUUUGCCUUUAAAGGAACGAAUAUACAUAAAAUCAUCAUAUACUCAGGAUAAUGUACAGCCAGAUGUCAACCUGAAACCAUCCCUACUCAGGGUAAAAGAAUCUGGCACUGGUAAUAGUAGUUCUGAUUGUCCAUCUCGUCUUUCAAAGGAUCUUCCAGGAAUUCAUUUGCAAAAUGAAUCCAGAAACUCUAAAGUUCUAAAAGGAGACCAUGUGCUUCAAGGAAACUAUAAAGUCAAUACUUCUAUACCUUAUUUUAAUAACCCAGUUGUGAAGACCUCCACCGUUACAGUUGGGCCACCAAAUACUGUUUUAGAUCACAGAAGAAAAAUUGAUAUGCAAAACACUCAGAAAAUUGUAAUGAAGAAAAGUGUUUGCCUUGACAGACAUUCGUCUGAUGAAGAAAGUGCCUCAGUGUUUGGGAAAGCUAAGUACAAAACUCGAAAAGUGAAGCACAGAUCUCAGAAGCAUAAUCCAGCCCAAUUCAAAGAAAUUGACCACAAGUCGAGUAGCCCUAAGAUACAUAUCAAAGAAACUGAACAGUAUGUCAGGUCUUAUAAAGCAGCUGGAAAUGAAGAAAACUGUUUCCAAGAUCCAGCAAAAAGUUCUCUGAGUUUUCUACAAUGUCAUAAGAAAGAAGACAACUCUAGUACUUGUUUGGAUAGUCCUCUUCCUUUAAGCCAGAGAUUAAAACUAAGGUUUCAAAGCACUUGA